CACUAGGCGCCGGAAGUGGAGUGUCCUCUGUGCUUACAUGCAGUAGAGGCAGAGAAGUUCCUGGGAUUGAAGAUGCCACCGGGGAAGAAUUUUAGAAGACGGAGAGCCUCCAGCUCGGAUGAAGAGAAGGAGGAUGACGUGGUGACAACUGCGGUUAGAAAGAAGCUUGAAGCGGCAAAGGAAAUUCAGAACCUGAGAAGAAGACAAAAUGGUGUCAGUGCCGCAGCGCUUCUGGUGGGGGAGAAGUUACCGGAAGACUCAAUGCUAGCGGACGAUCCUUUCAAAACCAAAAGUGGAGGGAUAGUGGACAUGAAAAAACUGAAAGAGAUUGGAAAGGAUAGGAUUGGAGAUGAAGAAGAUCUGAACUUGGGCACAUCAUUUUCAGCAGAAACGAACCGGCGGGAUGAAGAUGCUGACAUGAUGAAGUACAUUGAGACCGAGCUAAAAAAGAGAAAGGGAAUCAUUGAGAAUGAGGAGAAGAAGGUGAAACCUAAGAGUGCAGAAGAUUGUUUGUAUGAGCUCCCAGAUAGCAUUAAUGUAUCUUCUGCCAAGAAGACGGAGGAGAUGUUAUCCAACCAGAUGCUGAGCGGAAUCCCAGAGGUUGACUUGGGUAUAGAUGCAAAAAUAAAGAAUAUCAUCUUCACAGAGGAGGCUAAAGCCCGUUUAUUGGCUGAGCAGCAGAAUAAAAAGAAGGACAAACAGACUUCCUUUGUACCUACCAACAUGGCUGUCAAUUAUGUUCAGCACAAUCGAUUUUACCAGGAGGACGUGAGUACUCCCAUAAGACGCUACAAAGAGGAACCCAAAGCCCGACCUCUCCGUGUAGGAGACACAGAGAAGCCAGAACCAGAGAAGUCUCCACCCAACCGCAAGCGUCCAUCAAACGAAAAGGCCACGGAUGACUAUCAUUAUGAGAAGUUUAAGAAAAUGAAUAGGCGUUACUAAACUCUGCACCAAGGACUAGUCUGUAAAACUUCCAUACAGCUGGCAAAACUUGUUCUAUUCAUAUUGGCCUUCUGAAGCCUGUUUAUAAAAA